UGUCAGCAGUCAGCGGUGCCAUAAAGCGAGUGUCGCUGGCCCUUUAAGACUUGGACGUCCAGCAGUUCCAACCCACAGACUGCAGCACAUCCUCGGCUUCUUGAAGCCUCCCAACACCUGACUCCCCCUGGAUCUCCCCUCCUGCACCUCGCCUCACCAAGCAGCCGCGUUCAGGAGCGGCAUGGAGGAGCCGCUGGCCCACUAGCUCGCCUGCGGUUACCGUGAGGGCGGAGAGGAGAAAGGCGGGAGCCGUCAAGAUGGUGUCGUGGAUGAUCUCCAGGAUUGUUGUCCUCUCCUUCGGGACGCUCUACCCAGCGUACGCGUCAUACAAGGCUGUCAAAACGAAGAAUGUGAAGGAAUAUGUGAAGUGGAUGAUGUACUGGAUAGUGUUUGCCUUGUUCUCUACAGCAGAGACGGCCACAGACUUGUUCCUAUCAUGGUUUCCUUUUUACUUUGAGCUGAAGAUCGCUUUUGUCAUCUGGCUCCUGUCGCCGUACACCAAGGGCUCCAGUGUUCUCUAUCGCAAAUUUGUCCACCCGACCCUGUCCAACAAGGAAAAGGAGAUCGAUGAAUACAUUGCACAGGCCAAGGACAGAAGCUAUGAGACCAUGAUGCGGUUUGGAAAGAGGGGUCUCAACUUGGCUGCUAACGCCGCGGUCACUGCAGCCACCAAGGGGCAGGGUGUGCUGUCGGACAAGCUGCGCAGUUUUAGCAUGCAAGACCUGACUCUCAUCAACGCAGAGGAUGAGCUGUCUCUGCACUCUUCGGACGGGCGCAUGAGGCGGGAAUCUGUGGACGACAUGAGCUCGGGGGCCAGCACGCUGCCUCGGGCCAAGAGCACCGCUGCACGGCAGACUCGCUCUUCGGCGGCUGCAUCCCUUGCAGAGGAGACAUUGUCCCAACACAGCUCGGACCAAUCAGACACAAGGACUGAACACUCUGAUGAGGAUGGGGUAGAAAGGGCCCCCAAGCGCAGCACCACUGUCAAGACUACCAAGAAAGCUGCAGCAAAAACAGAGACUCAAUCCAAAACGGUGAAGAAGCCACCAAAGAAAAAGACCACAUCAAGUGCGGAGAUGCCGCCGUGAAGGUCUGUCCGUGUCCACUUGGACCUCCCACAGCCUGUCAGCACACACACACACGGUCUGGAUUUAGAUUUAGCUUAGUUCUUACUCUGUGCAGUCGGCGUUCCCAAUAUUUCUUAGUUUAUCUUUAGGAUUGUAGGAAGUAACCUGAUCAUCCUGUCACUGAGAGGACUUCAAAAUAAGAAUACAAAUCUCUGUUUACUUUCAUUUUAGUGCAUUUUAAGCCGCUAAGGGAGUCUGACUGGGCAAAGUUCAGAUUCGGGUUCUUAGCAGGAUCUUCUCUCAACGACUUGUGUGCCUCCUGGAGUUGCAGCCCUUAUCUAAUUACAACUCUGAAGGUUGAUUUCACUUCUUAUUUCGCUCUGUGGUGUAAUUCCUUCUUUUAUAUCAUUUGCCUACAUGGCAAUAACUCCUACUGCACAGAUGUGACUGCCUUUUUAACUUUCCCUCCUCCUUUGUUCUUUUCCUGUCUGGAUUGAGAGUUUGGCCCAUGGUCUUAUGGGGUUCAGUUGUGAGCAUGUAACGCUUCUUUAAACCAAUAGAGGGAGACAAAGUCCGCCUCAAGGUGAAGACUGUAAAUAGUAGCAAAGUGUAAAUAGAAAGCGAGCUUGCUUGCCUUAUUCUCCGGGCUUUCAUCUGUUUACUCAUGCAGCAUUUCCACUACUACGUCUCAACUUUUAAUGCUUUGACUUAUUUUUGUUGUUCGUUCCUCUCUUUUACAAAGACACUAAUGCACACCACUGCGUCUUUUCACCCGCAUCGACUGAAAGGUCUUCACAGGCCUACUGCUGGAACAUUUCAUGAGAAGAAUUCCUCUUUAUUUCGCAUUUUUAUGCGGCGUUCGUGCCACACUUGAAUAUUUAUUAAUGACUUUUCAGCUUCCAGUAGUAUUGUGCACUGAGUUUCUCAUUUGUCUAUUUGUGCCAAUUCACCAAAUUUCCUUGUGAAACACGCAAAAGUGUGUGUGCUGGAACAAUGGUAUCUUACUUGGUCAUGUAUCGGUAAUAAAACUGCUAUUAAAGGAGAGUAAAUGGAUUUGUGGUUUUGGUAU